AUGACGGGGGCGUGGAGGUCGCGGAUCUUCUUCCUCAAGGAGAAGUUGGGUAAUUCUCUGUGGCUCUGGAUUAGGUCCUCUCUGUGCGUCGUCCUCCUGAUCUCCUCCGGUUUCGUCUGCUAUUCGACGGUCUCCUCCUGGAAGUACGGCGGUGGGUGCCCCGGCUGCGGCGCCGACAAUGACCAGGCGCGGAGGGCAUUCCGCUCCUCACCCCCGCAGGCCGCCGCCGUGCCCUCCGCACCGCCGGUUCCCACAGACGUCUCCCACAUUCUCUUCGGCAUCGGGGGCUCCGCGAGGACCUGGCAGAGCCGCCGCGGCUACAGCGAGCUCUGGUGGCGCCCCGGCGAGACCCGCGGGUACGUGUGGCUGGACGAGGAGCCCCCCAGCGGCGGCGCCGGGUGGCCGGAGACCUGCCCGCCGUACCGCGUCUCGGCGGACGCGUCACGGUUCGGAGCGCGCGCCUCGGCGGCGCGGAUCGCGAACAUCGUGGCGGAGACCUACCUCAAGGUGGUGGCCUCUGGGGAGCAGCGCGGGGUGCGGUGGUUGGUGAUGGGGGACGACGACACCGUCUUCUUCCCGGAGAAUCUGGCGGGGGUGCUGGGGAAGUACGACCACGAGCAGAUGUGGUACGUGGGGGGCUCGUCGGAGAGCGUGGAGCAGGACGUGCUCCACUCCUACGGGAUGGCAUUCGGCGGAGGCGGCUUCGCCGUCAGCAUUCCGGCGGCGGCGGAGCUGGCCCCCGUCCUCGACAGCUGUCUGGAGCGCUACAACCACUUCUACGGCAGCGACCAGCGGGUCCACGCCUGCCUGAGCGAGCUCGGCAUCCCCCUCACCCGCGAGCCCGGCUUCCACCAGGUCACCGUCCCUCCCCCUCUCUAGCGAGUCGGCGGCGCUCUCCAGUUCCCCUUCUUCAUCUCACCGGCGACGCUUUUCUCUUCUCUCCUCCUCUCUUCUCUUCUCUUGCAGGUGGACCUCCGGGGGGACCCCUACGGGAUGCUGGCUGCACACCCGACGGCGCCGCUGGUCUCGCUCCACCAUCUUGACUACGUGAAACCCAUAUCCCCGCGGGGCCGCGACCGGCUGGAGGCCCUCGGCUCGCUGGUCCGGGCCUCCCGGCUCGAUCCGGCUCGCACCCUCAUGCAGAGCAUCUGCUACGAGCCCACCCGCGGGUGGUCCGUCUCCGUCGCCUGGGGCUACACCGUGCAGCUGUACCCCAAGGUGCUCGCCGCCGGUGAGCUGGAGAAGCCGCUGGGGACCUUCCAGACUUGGCGGAGCUCCCAGAAGGGGCCUUUCACCUUCAACACCCGCCCCGUUCCCAGCGAACCCUGCGACCGCCCCAUCUUGUUCUUCUUCGACCGGAUCACGAAGCAGAAGAUCGACAGAGGCGGAACCGUGUCGGAGUACUCGGUGCACUUGCCGGGGAACUGGAGCGUCGCCUGCGAGCACCCGGAGUUCGCCGCCGCGUCCAAGGUCAAGCUCAUCGAGGUCUACGCCCCCAUAAUGGACCCCAACGACUGGAAGAAGGUAAGUGGGCGCCGCCGCCGCCGUCUCCUCCGAUCUCCGGCAUGCUUUGGUCCGAGAUGUUUGAAGCUGACGACGACAUCAUCUAUCUGACUGGCUGCGCCGGCGCAGGCUCCCCGGAGGCAUUGCUGCGAGACGGAAACUCGGCGGCGACCGUGGUGGGGACGCUCCUCUACCAUGGAGGUCCGCAUCAGCCCCUGCAGACCGGGGGAGACGAUAACGAAAUCGCCUCCCUAG